CGUCAAUCGGACACACAGUCUAAGGGACUUGCAUAUGUCAACGUCUGCGACAACUCGUUUAUCCUUGCAGUUGAUUCAACCAGCACCGUCGCUGCCAGCGGUAUGCGCGCCUCCAUCCGCAUCAUGUCUAGGCAGAGCGACAACGACGGUUUCUUUGUCUUUGACGCCUCCUACAUGCCUGUAGGUUGCUCUACGUGGCCUAGUUUCUGGACCGUUGGCCCAAACUGGCCCAUGGAGGGUCAAUCGACAUUGUCGAGGGUGUGAAUAAUCAGGACACGAACAGAUGACGCUUCAUAGCGGCACAAACCAAACUUGCACCAACGAAAAGACAAAUAGUGCCUACCAGUUCACAGGUCAGAUCAUGGGGACCAACUGUUACAGUACCACACACGGGGACUCAGGCUGCAGCAUCGAGGACAUGAACACAAGGUUCGUAUCGUACUAUUUAUCUCUUUCUUAUGCGCCAAUCUGGACCAAAUGCUUCUGCGCGAUAGUUCUUUUGUGUUUGGUUUCAGCGAAUGAUAUCUUUGCACUUCUUUGGGACAACUCCUCUGGCAUGUCCAUGUGGCACAUCACUCCGGC